CCAAUUCGAUUUCACACAGAAUUAAUUACGCUAGAAUAUCAUUAAGAAACUUCUAACAGUAAAUCAAUGACCUGGCAUCAAUCAACAGGCCUAAAUAAUACAGAGAGGGAAAGUUCCAUAUCUUAUUUGAUCCCUGUAUCCAUUUUCAGAGGCAAUGAAAAUGAAAGAAUCAAUUGUGAAUGAAGGAACGUACUGGAGUGAUGUAUUUGUGCAUUACUGUGUGGUGGGGAUCAAGCUCAGACAUGAUACGGUACAAAGGAGUUUAUGUUGAAUAUCACGUUUCAGGUCAGCACAACACAGAAAGAAAACAAGCAAAUUACGAAAUUUUCACAAAAACGAAACUUAAACCCAGUUUUCAGCCAGAAACACCCUCCCUCACUCCCUCCCCUUCAACCCUCGCUCUUUCUCUUCCCUUUUAUUCAAUUUCAAUUUUAUUUUCAAUUCAAUUUUAUUUGUAUAGCGCUUUUUACAAAGGGCCUUUGUCACAAAGCGGCUUUACAGAGAAACCGGGCCCCAAGAGUACACUUAGGGCAACAGUGGCAAGGAAAAACUCCCUGGAAACGGGAAGAAACCUUGAGCAGAACCUGACUCAGUAGGAGAACACGUGCCGCUGGUCGACACCGGUCCGAUGUCUAUGCCCAUUUUUCUCUUCCCCUUCUUUUUCCUCAGGUUUGUCGUUUCUCAACUUCUGCUUUUCCCCCAUCAUGCUUUUCCUUACGCAGCUCAACUCUCCACUACUCUUUCACUUCUUCUUUCACAUUCCCAGUUUUUACUUGCCGCCUCCAGGGAGUUCCCCAUUUUCAGAAUUGUGUCAGCUAUAGCUGAUAAGUAGCCAGCAUGGGGAGGAGGGCUCCAUACAAAAACAGCUUCAUAAUGGAUGUCUGUUGUCCAUUUUGUCAUUAUGCAUUAUACUUGGCAAUUGUAUUAUGCAUUACACGUAUCAUUGUAUGUCAACUCAAUUGACAAUAUAAGGAGCUUCGUUUCAGUUUAGUUUAGUUUAGCAAGUUUUGUAAAAUGAAGCUCUUCAGCUGGAGUAUUCUCUCUGGUCGUCAGGAAAUUCCGAGCACUGGAUGCUCUGAGACCUAAUAAACAAACGCACCCAACAUCUUUGAGCAUGCUGCCGUUUGUAUUCGUUUUCAUUGACCGAGAGCCGAAAACAAGGGCGGUAGUGUAGUGGUUAAGGUAAAUGACUGGGACACGCAAGGUUGGUCGUUUUAAUCCCGGUGUAGCCACAAUAAGAUCCGCACAGCUGUUGGGCCCUUGAGCAAGGCCCUUAACCCUGCAUUGCUCCAGGGGACGAUUGUCUCCUGCUUAGUCCAAUCAACUGUACAUCGCUCUGGAUAAGAGCGUCUGCCAAAUGCCAUUAAUGUAAUGUAAUGUAAUGAAAGCGCUGGAGUAAAAAUAUGUGACCGACAGGAUUGGAUCUAAAAUAGGUGGCAGGGACGAUCAAAAAAUCUACCUCCCGUUGUAUUUGGCAGCUAGUGACCGCACAUUUCCCAUCAAAAGAAGUAGCCAGCCUUUACCACUGCAGUCGUCGGCUUGUAACCCACUCUUCUCUUUUUAAGGGCAGACUCCACCGCUCUCAGCCUACUUCCUGCACAGCCGGCUUCUGUGGUCUCUCAUUGCACUGUAAAAAACACUCCGCGGACGAAUGUAAAAAGACAAAAACGUGAUAAAAAAACGGACUCACCCGGUCUGCCUCAGAAAUAACACACUGAACAUUGACCCAUAAAAAUAUCAACGAGGCUAUCAAUUACAAGCUGUUUGUUGUUAUUUAUUGGUGAUUUUAUUUGAUUCUCUCCACUUCCGAUACAUCGCCUCAUGAUUUAAAUGCAAAGUGGUUUGUUUUUUUUUUCAGUAAAAAAUAUUCUUAAUGACAUUUUUGUCAUUCUUGCUGUUUGAACUUACUGUACUUGUAUACUUUGUUAUGGAGUUGUACUAGUGUCUCCUGAUGCUUGACAAGAUAAGAACGUCCGUCUUAGGUUUUGUAAUGCCAAAAAAAUCUCAAAUUCUAUGAUGGGGUUUGACCAAUUCGAUUUCACACAGAAUUAAUUACGCUAGAAUAUCAUUAAGAAACUUCUAACAGUAAGUCAAUGACCUGGCAUCAAUCUACAGGCCUAAAUAAUACAGAGAGGGAACGUUCCAUAUCUUAUUUGAUCCCUGUAUCCAUUCUCAGAAGCAGUGACAAUGAAAGAAUCAAUUGUGAAUGAAGGAACGUACUGGAGUGAUGUAUUGUAUUGGUGCAUUACUGUGUGGUGGGGAUCAAGCUCGGACAUGAUACGGUACAAAGGAGUUUAUAUUGAAUAUCACGUUUCAGGUCGGCACAAUACAGAAAAAAACGAGCAAAUUACGAAAUUUUCACAAAAACGAAACUUGUUUCAGCCAGAAACAGGAUACUGAAAGAAACGAAAUCGGUUCAGAUGGUCCUGUAUAAAACGUUUCCAAAGAGGAAACAAGUUCUGCAUCUCGAGGAUUGCACCCGUCUCCGUUGACCACACUGUCCGCGGCAGUUUCCCCCUGAAAGCUCUGCAAAAUGCUGAUCCUUGGAAUCACUUUUCUUCUGUGGCGAAUGAUGCUGUCUGUCCAUCUGUCUGCAGCGUCCCGGGAGGGCGACCUGAGGCUGGUGGGGGGCGAGCUGUCCUCCGAGGGCCGGGUGGAGGUGUACCACGGGGGAGAGUGGGGCACGGUGUGUGAUGAUGGGUGGGACAUGAACGAGGCGCAGGUGGUGUGUCGCCAGCUGCGUUUCCCCGGUGCGCAGUCUGUCGUCAAGGGAGGGGCCUAUGGGUCAGGGUCUGGCACUAUUUGGCUGGAUGACCUGGACUGUAAGGGAACAGAGUCGUCUCUGUCCAGCUGCACGUUUAAAGGCUGGGGCGUGACUGACUGCACACACAGCGAGGACGCGGGAGUCAUCUGUGAGAAAAAGCUGACCGUGAAGGAUGACCGUACGUUCCCCCUGGACCACAGCCUGGGCCUCUCAGGGGAACUGGGGGCGCUGUUCGACAGCAAGCGGGAUUGUGACCUCACCAUCGUGGUUCAGAGCCCAGAGGAGGGUCUUGGAGAGGAUACUACCUGCAUCCACAGGCUGGUUCUGUCCCUCACCGUUGAGUCAUCCAUCUUCCACGAGGCCCUCCAGUCCGGAAACCUCACUAUCAAUGUCAGCCAGGACUGCCGCAGCUACGUCUCAGAGUUUCUCAGGUACCUGUACACCCGUGAGAUCGAUGUCUCGGCCUCAUCUGCCCAGUGCUUGCACAAGCUGGCCUCGGAUUUCGGGAUUAAGCAGCUACAGGCGGACACAGGCCGGCUUUUCAGGCUCCUUCUCCCGUGGGACAGCACCUUCCACACCCAGGCCUCUCUGUACCAGUACUCUGUGCUGACAGGGGACAUGGUUCUGCAGGAGUCCUGCCUCCAGUACCUGGCCUGGAACUGCGAGGCGCUGGUGACCUCCCCGGCCUGGCCCACCCUUUCGCGGGACACACUGGAGGCCCUCCUGUCCCGCUCAGAUUUGGUGAUGCCAGACGAAGCCUUCCUCCUGCGGGCGGUGGAGAGCUGGGCACGGGAUGGGCGUGGCUCCUCAGGCUCAGGGGAUGAAGCCGCCCUCCUGCGUCUCGUCCGCUUUCCCAUGAUCCCGCCGGCAGAGCUCUAUGACCUCCCGUUCACCUCCAACCUCUACAGCAGCCACCUGGAGCUGUACCGCUCAGGGAUGCUGCGCGGAUUCCAGUUACACGCCCUCUCGCUGGCCCAGCUUCAGAAGCACCUGAACGACAGUCAUGACGGGUACCUCCCCCGAAUCUACACCGCCGACCCCUGGAGCUUCGACGUCAACUCUACUGCCGACUCCCAAAACAGCCGCCAGCAGAUCAGGCACAGUUACAAUUACAAUUACAACAGCUACGAGACAGUGUACUAUAACAUUGACCACACCUUCACCACACCGGUACACAACAGCGUGGUCCUUCAGGCCAGCACAGUGAGCUGGGUUGCCAACGUGUUUAAGACCCAGCAGGAGUGCUCCAGAAGCGGGGUGCAGUGCGAGUCGCUGCCAGCGGUGAGGCUGAGGUGCCAGAGCAGCCUGAGCAGUUAUGAAAGCUCCAUUCGCUUCCCCAACCGCCUGCUGGUAACCUGUGGCAACGGCAGUGGUGCCGGAGGGGGCUACAUCUUCCAUGUGCAGGACUUCAAGGACAACCUGGCCCUCGUUCCCACCAACAACCGCACGGGCCAGGCCUUCCCCUGCUACGAGGAUUCCUACAUCUACCGCUUCGUGGUGCGGCCCGAGUAUAUCUCGUCCCGGGAGGGCGACCUGAGGCUGGUGGGGGGCAAUCGGUCCUCCGAGGGCCGGGUGGAGGUGUACCACAGGGGAGAGUGGGGCACGGUGUGUGAUGACGGGUGGGACAUGAACGAGGCGCAGGUGGUGUGUCACCAGCUGCGUUUCUCCGGCGCGCAGUCUGUCAUCAAGGGAGGGGCCUAUGGGUCAGGGUCUGGCACUAUUUGGCUGGAUGACCUGGACUGUAAGGGAACAGAGUCGUCUCUCUCCAGCUGCACGUUUAAAGGCUGGGGCGUGACUGACUGCACACACAGCGAGGACGCGGGAGUCAUCUGUGAGAAAAAGCUGACCGUGAAGGAUGACCGUACAUUCCCCCUGGACCACAGCCUGGGCCUCUCGGGGGAACUGGGGGCGCUGUUUGACAGCAAGCGGGAUUGCGACCUCACCAUCGUGGUUCAGAGCCCAGAGGAGGGUCUUGGAGAAGAUACUACCUGCAUCCACAGGCUGGUUCUGUCCCUCAGUGCUGAGUCACCCAUCUUCCGCGAGGCCCUCCAGUCUGGAAACCUCACGAUCAAUGUCAGCCAGGACUGCCGCAGCUACGUCUCAGAGUUUCUCAGGUACCUGUACACCCGUGAGAUCGAUGUCUCGGCCUCAUCUGCCCAGUGCUUGCACAAGCUGGCCUCGGAUUUCAGGAUGAAGCAGCUACAGGAGGACACGGGCCGGCUUUUCAGGCUCCUUCUCCCGUGGGACAGCACCUUCCACACCCAGGCCUCUCUGUACCAGUACUCUGUGCUGACGGGGGACCUGGUUCUGCAGGAGACCUGCCUCCAGUACCUGGCCUGGAACUGCGAGGCGCUGGUGACCUCCCCGGCCUGGCCCACCCUUUCGCGGGACACACUGGAGGCCCUCCUGUCCCGCUCAGAUUUGGUGGUGUCAGACGAAGCCUUCCUCCUGCGGGCGGUGGAGAGCUGGGCACGGGAUGGGCGUGGCUCCUCAGGCUCAGGGGAUGAGGCCGCCCUCCUGCGUCUCGUCCGCUUUCCCAUGAUCCCGCCGGCAGAGCUCUAUGACCUCCCGUUCACCUCCAACCUCUACAGUGGCCACCCGGAGCUAUACCGCUCAGGGAUUCUGCGUGGGUUCCAGUUCCACGCCCUCUCGCUGGCCCAGCUCCGGAAGCACCUGAACGACAGUGAUGACGGCUACCUCCCCCGAAUCUACACUGCCGACCCCUGGAGCUUCGACGUCAACUCCACCACCACCUCCAGGCAGAGUCAGUACGGUUACAACUACAACAAUUUCAACUAUUACAAUAACAUAGACUACACCUUCACAACACCGGUACACAACAGUGUGGUCCUCCAGGCCAGCAUGGUGAGCUGGGUUGCCAACGUGUUUAAGACCCUGCAGGAGUGCUCCAGAAGCGGGGUGCGGUGUGAGUCGCUGCCAGCGGUGAGGCUGAGGUGCCAGAGCAGCCUGAGCAGGUACGAGAGCUCCAUCCGCUUCCCCAACCGCCUGCUGGUAACCUGCGUCAAUGGCAGUGGUGCCGGAGGGGGCUACAUCUUCCAUGUGCGGGACUUCAAGGACAACCUGGCCCUCAUUCCCACCUACAACAACACGGGCCAGGCCUUCCCCUGCUACGAGGAUUCCUACAUCUACCGCUUCGUGGUGCGGCCCGAAUACAUCUCGUCCCGGGAGGGCGACCUGAGGCUGGUGAGGGGCAAGCGGUCCUCCGAGGGCCGGGUGGAGGUGUACCACAGGGGAGAGUGGGGCACGGUGUGUGAUGAUGGGUGGGACAUGAACGAGGCGCAGGUGGUGUGUCGCCAGCUGGGUUUCCCCGGCGCGCAGUCUGUUGUCGAGGGAGGGAUCUAUGGGUCAGGGUCUGGCACUAUUUGGCUGGAUGACCUGGACUGUAAGGGAACAGAGUCGUCUCUGUCCAGCUGCAUGUUUAAAGGCUGGGGCGUGACUGACUGCACACACAGCGAGGACGCGGGAGUCAUCUGUGAGAAAAAGCUGACCGUGAAGGAUGACCGUACGUUCCCCCUGGACCACAGCCUGGGCCUCUCAGGGGAACUGGGGGCGCUGUUCGACAGCAAGCGGGAUUGUGACCUCACCAUCGUGGUUCAGAGCCCAGAGGAGGGUCUUGGAGAGGAUACUACCUGCAUCCACAGGCUGGUUCUGUCCCUCACCGCUGAGUCAUCCAUCUUCCACGAGGCCCUCCAGUCCGGAAACCUCACUAUCAAUGCCAGCCAGGACUGCCGCAGCUACGUCUCAGAGUUUCUCAGGUACCUGUACACCCGUGAGAUCGAUGUCUCGGCCUCAUCUGCCCAGUGCUUGCACAAGCUGGCCUCGGAUUUCGGGAUUAAGCAGCUACAGGCGGACACGGGUCGGCUUUUCAGGCUCCUUCUCCCGUGGGACAGCACCUUCCACACCCAGGCCUCUCUGUACCAGUACUCUGUGCUGACGGGGGACCUGGCUCUGCAGGAGACCUGCCUCCAGUACCUGGCCUGGAACUGCGAGGCGCUGGUGACCUCCCCGGCCUGGCCCACCCUUUCGCGGGACACACUGUUGGCCCUCCUGUCCCGCUCAGAUUUGGUGGUGCCAGACGAAGCCUUCCUCCUGCGGGCGGUGGAGAGCUGGGCACGGGAUGGGCGUGGCUCCUCAGGCUCAGGGGAUGAGGCCGCCCUCCUGCGUCUCGUCCGCUUUCCCAUGAUCCCGCCGGCAGAGCUCUACGACCUCCCGUUCACCUCCAACCUCUACAGCGGCAAUGCGGAGCUGUACUGCUCAGGGAUGCUGCGCGGGUUCCAGUUCCACGCCCUCUCGCUGGCCCAGCUCCGGAAGCACCUGAACGACAGUGAUGAUGGGUACCUCCCCCGAAUCUACACCGCCGACCCCUGGAGCUUCGAUGUCAACUCUACUGCCGACUCCAAAAACAGCCGCCAGGAGAUCAGGCGCUAUUCCAGUUACAAUUACAAUUACAACAGGUACGAGACAGUGUACUAUAACAUUGACCACAACUUCACAACACCGGUACACAACAGCGUGGUCCUCCAGGACAGCACGGUGAGCUGGGUUGCCAAUGUGUUUAAGACCCAGCAGGAGUGCUCCAGAAGCGGGGUGCGGUGCGAGUCACUGCCAGCGGUGAGGCUGAGGUGCCAGAGCAGCCUUAGCUCCAUCCGCUUCCCCAACCGCCUGCUGGUAACCUGCGUCAAUGGCAGUGGUGCCGGAGGGGGCUACAUCUUCCAUGUGCAGGACUUUAAGGACAACCUGGCCCUCAUUCCCACCAACAACCGCACGGGCCAGGCCUUCCCCUGCUACGAGGAUUCCUACAUCUACCGCUUCGUUGUGCGGCCCGAGUACAUCUGGAAGCCAGUCCAGCUCCGGAAGCACCUGAACGACAGUGAUGAUGGGUACCUCCCCCGAAUCUACACCGCCGACCCCUGGAGCUUCGAUGUCAACUCUACUGCCGACUCCCAAAACAGCCGCCAGGAGAUCAGGCGCUAUUCCAGUUACAAUUACAAUUACAACAGGUACGAGACAGUGUACUAUAACAUUAACCACACCUUCACCACACCGGUACACAACAGUGAGGUCCUCCAGGCCAGCACGGUGAGCUGGGUUGCCAACGUGUUUAAGACCCAGCAGGAGUGCUCCAGAAGCGGGGUGCAGUGCGAGUCGCUGCCAGCGGUGAGGCUGAGGGACCUAUACAGCCUGAGCAGGUACGAGAGCUCCAUCCGCUUCCCCAACCGCCUGCUGGUAACCUGCGGCAACGGCAGUGGUGCCGGAGGGGGCUACAUCUUCCAUGUGCGGGACUUCAAGGACAACCUGGCCCUCAUUCCCACCUACAACAACACGGGCCAGGCCUUCCCCUGCUACGAGGAUUCCUACGUCUACCGUUUCGUUGUGCGGCCCGAGAAGCCAGUCCAGCUCCGGAAGCACCUGAACGACAGUGAUGAUGGGUACCUCCCCCGAAUCUACACCGCCGACCCCUGGAGCUUCGAUGUCAACUCUACUGCCGACUCCCAAAACAGCCGCCAGGAGAUCAGGCGCUAUUCCAGUUACAAUUACAAUUACAACAGGUACGAGACAGUGUACUAUAACAUUAACCACACCUUCACCACACCGGUACACAACAGUGAGGUCCUCCAGGCCAGCACGGUGAGCUGGGUUGCCAACGUGUUUAAGACCCAGCAGGAGUGCUCCAGAAGCGGGGUGCAGUGCGAGUCGCUGCCAGCGGUGAGGCUGAGGGACCUAUACAGCCUGAGCAGGUACGAGAGCUCCAUCCGCUUCCCCAACUGCCUGCUGGUAACCUGCGGCAACGGCAGUGGUGCUGGAGGGGGCUACAUCUUCCAUGUGCGGGACUUCAAGGACAACCUGGCCCUCAUUCCCACCUACAACAACACGGGCCAGGCCUUCCCCUGCUACGAGGAUUCCUACGUCUACCGUUUCGUGGCCAUCGGCUCUGAAGGAGAUAAGUGGAAGAUGGAUGGUGUUGUGUCCCGGGAGGGCGACCUGAGGCUGGUGGGGAGCAAUCGGUCCUCCGAGGGCCGGGUGGAGGUGUACCACGGGGGAGAGUGGGGCACGGUGUGUGAUGACGGGUGGGACAUGAACGAGGCGCAGGUGGUGUGUCGCCUGCUGGGUUUCUCCGGCGCGCAGUCUGUUGUCGAGGGAGGGAUCUAUGGGUCAGGGUCUGGCACUAUUUGGCUGGAUGACCUGGACUGUAAGGGAACAGAGUCGUCUCUGUCCAGCUGCACGUUUAAAGGCUGGGGCGUGACUGACUGCACACACAGCGAGGACGCGGGAGUCAUCUGUGAGAAACAGCUGACCAUGAAGGAUGGCCGUACGUUCCCCCUGGACCACAGCCUGGGCCUGUCGGGGGAACUGGGGGCGCUGUUCGACAGCAAGCGGGAUUGUGACCUCACCAUCGUGGUUCAGAGCCCAGAGGAGGGUCUUGGAGAGGAUACUACCUGCAUCCACAGGCUGGUUCUGUCCCUCAGUGCUGAGUCACCCAUCUUCCGCGAGGCCCUCCAGUCUGGAAACCUCACUAUCAAUGUCAGCCAGGACUGCCGCAGCUACGUCUCAGAGUUUCUCAGAUACCUGUACACCCGUGAGAUCAGUAUCUCGGCCUCAUCUGCCCAGUGCUUGCACAAGCUGGCCUCGGAUUUCGGGAUUAAGCAGCUGCAGGCGGACACGGGCCGGCUUUUCAGGCUCCUUCUCCCGUGGGACAGCACCUUCCACACCCAGGCCUCUCUGUACCAGUACUCUGUGCUGACAGGGGACCUGGCUCUGCAGGAGACCUGCCUCCAGUACCUGGCCUGGAACUUCGAGGCGCUGGUGACCUCCUCGGCCUGGCCCACCCUUUCACGGGACACACUGGAGGCCCUCCUGUCCCGCUCAGAUUUGGUGGUGCCAGACGAAGCCUUCCUCCUGCGGGCGCUGGAGAGCUGGGCAUGGGAUGGGCGUGGCUCCUCAGGCUCAGGGGAUGAGGCCGUCCUCCUGCGUCUCGUCCGCUUUCCCAUGAUCCCGCCGGCAGAGCUCUACGACCUCCCGUUCACCUCCAACCUCUACAGUGGCCACCCGGAGCUGUACCGCUCAGGGAUGCUGCGCGGAUUCCAGUUACACGCCCUCUCGCUGGCCCAGCUCCGGAAGCACCUGAACGACAGUGAUGAUGGGUACCUCCCCCGAAUCUACACCGCCGACCCCUGGAGCUUCGAUGUCAACUCUACUGCCGACUCCCACAACAGCCGCCAGGAGAUCAGGCGCUAUUCCAGUUCCAAUUUCAACAGGUACGAGACAGUGUACUAUAACAUUGACCACAACUUCACAACACCGGUACACAACAGCGUGGUCCUCCAGGACAGCAUGGUGAGCUGGGUUGCCAAUGUGUUUAAGACCCAGCAGGAGUGCUCCAGAAGCGGGGUGUGGUGCGAGUCACUGCCAGCGGUGAGGCUGAGGUGCCAGAGCAGCCUUAGCUCCAUCCGCUUCCCCAACCGCCUGCUGGUAACCUGCGUCAAUGGCAGUGGUGCCGGAGGGGGCUACAUCUUCCAUGUGCAGGACUUCAAGGACAACCUGGCCCUCAUUCCCACCAACAACCGCACGGGCCAGGCCUUCCCCUGCUACGAGGAUUCCUACAUCUACCGCUUCGUUGUGCGGCCCGAGUAUACGGCUCUCCUUUCCUCCUCCUCCUUUCCUGCAGUGUCCCGGGAGGGCGACCUGAGGCUGGUGGGGAGCAAUCGGUCCUCCGAGGGCCGGGUGGAGGUGUACCACGGGGGAGAGUGGGGCACGGUGUGUGAUGACGGGUGGGACAUGAACGAGGCGCAGGUGGUGUGUCGCCAGCUGGGUUUCCCCGGCGUGCAGUCUGUUGUCGAGGGAGGGGCCUAUGGGUCAGGGUCUGGCACUAUUUGGCUGGAUGACCUGGACUGUAAGGGAACAGAGUCGUCUCUGUCCAGCUGCGCGUUUAAAGGCUGGGGCGUGACUGACUGCACACACAGCGAGGACACGGGAGUCAUCUGUGAGAAAAAGCUGACCGUGAAGGAUGACCGUACGUUCCCCCUGGACCACAGCCUGGGCCUCUCGGGGGAACUGGGGAUGCUGUUCGACAGCAAGCAGGAUUGCGACCUCAUCAUCGUGGUUCAGAGCCCAGAGGAGGGUCUUGGAGAGGAUACUACCUGCAUCCACAGGCUGGUUCUGUCCCUCAGCGCUGAGUCAUCCAUCUUCCAGUCCGGAAACCUCACUAUCAAUGUCAGCCAGGACUGCCGCAGCUACGUCUCAGAGUUUCUCAGGUACCUGUACACCCGUGAGAUCGAUGUCUCGGCCUCAUCUGCCCAGUGCUUGCACAAGCUGGCCUCGGAUUUCGGGAUUAAGCAGCUACAGGCGGACACGGGCCGGCUUUUCAGGCUCCUUCUCCCGUGGGACAGCACCUUCCACACCCAGGCCUCUCUGUACCAGUACUCUGUGCUGACGGGGGACCUGGUUCUGCAGGAGACCUGCCUCCAGUACCUGGCCUGGAACUGCGAGGCGCUGGUGACCUCCCCGGCCUGGCCCACCCUUUCGCGGGACACACUGGAGGCCCUCCUGUCCCGCUCAGAUUUGGUGGUGCCAGACGAAGCCUUCCUCCUGCGGGCGGUGGAGAGCUGGGCACAGGAUGGGCGUGGCUCCUCAGGCUCAGGGGAUGAGGCUGCCCUCCUGCGUCUCGUCCGCUUUCCCAUGAUCCCGCCGGCAGAGCUCUACGACCUCCCGUUCACCUCCAACCUCUACAGCGGCAACGCGGAGCUGUACGUCUCAGGGAUGCUGCGCGGGUUCCAGUUCCAUGCCCUCUCGCUGACCCAGCUUCAGAAGCACCUGAACGACAGUGAUGAUGGCUACCUCCCCCGAAUCUACACCGCCGACCCCUGGAGCUUCGACAUCAACUCCACCACCACCACCAACCACAGUCAGUACAGUUUCAACUAUUACAAUUACAUGAACAUCUUCAUAACACCCGUACACAACAGCAUGGUCCUGCAGGCCGGCAGGGUGAUCUGGGGUGCCAACGUGUUUAAGACCCAGCAGGAGUGCUCCAGAAGCGGGGUGCAGUGCGAGUCGCUGCCAGCGGUGAGGCUGAGGGACCUAUACAGCCUGAGCAGGUACGAGAGCUCCAUCCGCUUCCCCAACCGCCUGCUGGUAACCUGCGGCAACGGCAGUGGUGCCGGAGGGGGCUACAUCUUCCAAGUGCAGGACUUCAAAGAAAACCUAGCCCUCAUUCGCACCAACAACCGCACAGGCCAGGCCUUCCCCUGCUACGAGGAUUCCUACAUCUACCGCUUUGUGGUGCGGCCCGAGUACAUCUGA